UUUCUCUCUCUCUCUCUCUCUCUCUAUAUUUCAUCUACCUUUUUUUUCGUACAUACAUACAUAUAUACAUUCUUGCAAAGGCUCAGGCUUUAGAGUUUUAGAUGCUCUAAAGCUUCUGAUUUUUUUGUCUUAGGCUUAGUGGGGUUUGGUGUGUGUGAUUGUCUCUUUCUUUCAGAUAAUCAAAGCAAAAAUGGUUAUUACUGAUGAGAACAAUCCUACUUUGAACAAACCCACAAAUUUUCAAGUAGGAGGAGGGUUAGAGAUGGGUAAUAGAAAGUUCGGGCAGGAGAUUAGGCACAACAGGAGGGCUUUAAGCGUCAUUAAUCAGAGUUUAGUGAGCAAUCAAGCAUACCCCAUUGUUAAUAAGAGAGGCUUGUCAGAAAAACACCAAUUCUUUGAAAAGAAACAGGCUGAUCCAGUGCACCGACCAAUUACGAGGAAAUUUGCUGCACAAAUUGCAAACACACAGCCACCUUGUCCCCAGGAAAUUAAGAAGGCAAACCCAUCAGCAUCAACCUCAAAUGGAUUUGGAGAUUUCAUCUUUAUAGAUGAGGAACACAAGACCCCUAAAGAAGACCACCCGGUGCCCAUGUUUUUAGAAGAACCAGAAGCAAUGCCUAGUGAAACUGAUGAGAUGGAGGAAGUUGAAAUGGAGGAUAUUGUCGAAGAGCCUGUCAUGGAUAUUGAUAGCUGUGAUGCAAAGAAUCCACUAGCAGUUGUUGACUACAUUGAAGAUCUCUAUGCCUACUACAGAAAAAUGGAGUGUUUUAGCUGUGUUUCACCAGACUAUAUGGCACAACAAUUUGACAUUAAUGAGAGGAUGAGAGCUAUACUGAUUGACUGGCUUAUUGAGGUCCACGAUAAGUUUGAACUCAUGAAGGAGACACUGUUCCUUACGGUUAAUCUAAUAGACAGAUUUUUAUCCAAGCAAUCAGUAGUAAGAAAGAAACUUCAGUUGGUUGGCUUGGUUGCCAUGCUCUUAGCAUGCAAGUAUGAGGAGGUUUCUGUUCCUGUAGUUGGGGAUUUGAUUCUUAUAUCAGAUAAAGCGUACACAAGGAAGGAGGUUCUGGAAAUGGAGAGCAUGAUGCUCAACACACUACAGUUCAACAUGUCGGUUCCAACCCCUUAUGUUUUCAUGCAAAGGUUCUUCAAGGCUGCUCAAUCAGACAAAAAGAUUGAGCAACUGUCGUUCUUCUUGAUUGAGCUUUCACUAGUGGAGUAUGAGAUGCUUAAAUAUCAACCAUCUGUAUUAGCAGCUGCUGCAGUCUAUACCGCUCAAUGUGCCCUUUAUGGAUUCAAGCAGUGGAAUAAGACCUGUGAAUGGCACACCAGCUACUCAGAAGAUCAGCUCUUAGAAUGCUCAAGACUAAUGGUAGGUUUCCACCAAAGGGCAGCAACAGGAAAACUCACAGGGGUACAUAGGAAAUACUGUACAUCUAAGUUUGGCCAUACUGCAAAACAGGAACCAGCUCAUUUUCUUUUGGAGACCCAACUAUAGCAGGCCAUGUACAGUUACUAACAACAUUACAUGACUUUGGGUUGUGAUUGGGUGGGGAAUACUCAUACAAGCAACUUGGGUUGCACUGGGGAGUUUAAUUUUCUAGAUAAGUCUGCAGCCUUGGUUGUUAAUUUCAUACAGCCAGGGUUGUUUUCCUAAGUUCUAAUUGGACAUAAUUCAUUCUUUCCCCCUUUAAAAUUGUACUUCUAUUGUUGUUCCCUUUCAACAAUAAAUGUGAUGACAAUUUAAAUGUUUCAUUUUUCAA